AUGGAGAGGUACCUGACUUUAAAUUCACCGCCUUAUCCAACUCCCCCCACCCCCCUAUUCCCCUAUCCCCCUAUCCUGGCUGCACCUCUACUGGCAGGUAGCGGAGCGCAAGCAGGAGGAGUGCAAGUACAGGCGGAGGGAGGCAGCGUGCAAGAAAAGCGCGUGUCUGACGAAGACAUUCAAGGGGCAGGCCUUCCUCACACUUUCACCACCGAAGCUUUGGGCGAGUGGCUAGACGCAGCAGGUGGGGAGUGGGAUAUUGAAGAAGGGGGCGAGGCUGACGCUACAGAGGAGAGUGAGCCUGCAGAGGGAGUUGAGCCUGCAGAGGGGAGUGAGGAUGCGGAGGGGAGUGAGCCCGAAGCGCAAUGCCAAGGAGUGGAGUCUACAGCAGCGACAUGUGAACAGGAGAAGCGAGGGUUGGAGAGCCUGGUGAUCUGGCUGUACCACAAACAAGAUGAUGCCUUUUUCAAGGUGUUCUUUGAAGCAACAGGUGUGACACCAGAGAGGGAUGCUGUGAAGCAGGAGCACAAGGCCCUGAUAAGGUGUCGGCAGGCAGAGUUCACAGCAGGCCUUGAUGCAGUCAGGGUGCGGGUGAAGGAGAUCUACCAGAUCAUGGCGCCAGGUGGCGACGCUGACCUGGCGCCUGUUGACCCGUUUGACCCGUUCAGCCAUGGCAUUUGCUUCUCUGUGCGCCCGCCACAGCAGCAGUGCUGGAGGAGCGUUGCCGAUCUCGAUUAA